CGAAGCUAAGACAGUUUGGAAGCUAAGAAAAUGAACGCGCAGAGAUACCCAGUUGGAGUCCGGCUGAUCGGAGUCAUGCAACACGACAGGCAUAAGGUCUUCUUGACCUCCGUUCUGUGGUCCGACCAGAACGACAUUCUGGUGUACAGAAGCUUCGUGGAAUUCAAGAAACUGCAUAAACAGUUAAAGAUGAAGCUAACUGCAGAGGGCGCUGAGGAGCACCUCCCGAAAUUCCAAGACGUGCCCAUGAAAACGUUACUGAGGAAGAAUUCCGAGAAGGCACUUCUCAGGCUCAAGUUUUUAGAUAAGUACUGGUCGGCUCUGCAGGUGGAGGUCUUCAAGAGAGACGAAGUCAUUCAGUUUCUGCUUCCCCGAAAUGAGGACUUGGAGCCGACGUUACCAAAGAACAGCAUCAUCAUCAUCCCCUCCGAGGAAGACCAGGACAGUGAGGUGGACUCAGGUGUGGCUCCAACCAUGAAGCGCCACAGCGCCGGGAACAUCACCAACCCCUUCAUCGCCCAGACAUACGAGUGUGUGGCCACCUACGACACCAAAGACACCAAGAACCAGCCUUUCAAGGUCGCAGUUGGCGAGAAGGUGGAAGUUCUGGUGAAGAACCCAGAAGGUUGGUGGCUGGUGGAGAACGAGGCGAGACGUCUAGCUUGGUUUCCUGCGCCGUACCUGGAGAAGUGUGACAACACCAGGGAAGAGGAGACCCUGCCGGAGAACAUGCAAGAGGAAGGUCAGAGGUUCUACGCGGUGAGGGGCUACAAAGCCAGCAACGCAGAUGAGCUUUCUCUGCAGAUCGGAGUGGUGGUGGAGGUCCUCCAGAAGGCAGAUGAUGGCUGGUGGCUGAUCAGGUACAACGGUCGCAAUGGCUACGUUCCUUCCAUGUAUCUCCAGCCAUACAGGAACCCACAUGCAAAAUUACAAACCAUCCUGCACAAAGACCUCGGCGCAUCCACCACUCAGCUCUUCAGAUCAGACAGGUGGUCCGAACACCCUGGCACCUCAAUGAAAGGUUCAAGUCAGCACCUGGAAGACCCCACACAGCGGCCUUUGAACCGACAGGUGUCCCGUUCUCUUAACUUCCUGCCACUGCCCGCCGCCGUCCUCCAGGACAGGGAAGGGGACCGCCAGUCAGUGACAGACACCAGAAAGCACAGCUUGAGCAGCGAAAGCGAGAAGAGCUACAGCAGCGACUCUGAAGAGCCCACCAUGACCCCAAAAGGCGGUGAUCUCGGCAGCAGUGAACUGGUGGGACAUAAUGGCGGUGAUCUCGCUGUCCCUAAGGUGCCCCCAAGGCCCAAGACAAAGGAGAUCCUGUCUCGAUGCAGCACCAUCACCAAGAGAGCCAUGCUGGCCCCCAAGCUGCCCAACAAUGAUGUGAUCCAGGGCCGUUAGGCUGCUUGAUACAGCAAGACAGGCUUUACGGACUGUUUGAAAAAGCUUGUGGGAAUUUGUCAAAAAAUCAGAACGAAAGAUUUAAAAACAAAACAGGCUGGUGGCCAACUGGGUGAAUGGACAAGGGGGCAAGCGAAACAAGCCACCUC